AUGGACACGCCGCGCACGCCGCGCGAUGAAGCAGCGGAGUAUAUCGCCAAUCCACGCUUCCACCAAUCUGUCACCCUUCCCGCACGCGAUGACCACAAGGAGAUGCUGAUCAGUUACGCCGAGUACGGCUGUGAGAGCGACGCAAACAACCCCACGAUCUUGUUCACACCUGGCAUGUUCGGGUCUCGAUACGUGGGCAUGUUCAUGCAUGCGAUUGCGGCCAAGAACAAGGUCAGGGUGCUCGUGCCGGACCGGUUCGGCUUUGGUGAGACAAAGAACGUACCAUUGGCAUCUCGAAUCAGUGCAUGGACGGCUGUCAUGCCCAGGUUUCUGGAAGCCCUUGGCAUCAAGCACGUCGCACUGUUGUCGCACAGCGCCGGCACCAUGUACAACCUGAACCUCCUAUGGCACCACCGAGAGAUACUUCAUCCGACACGACCGAUGAUUUUCUUCCUUGCCCCCUUCGUCGACGUCGCCCACUCCAAGGUGCCCAUGGUGCUUGCUCUCCAGAAACUGCCCGAAGCGUCGUUUGCCUACUGGAACAAGAUGGCUAGCUUCUUCGCUCUCAAAGCCUCUGUCAUGUUUGGUUUCUCCUCAGGGCUGCUCGCCCAGUUUGCGGGGGCCCUCUCGCCCGGGAACGGUGAACCUUCGGCGCGGGAGGCGAACAUGAAGGUCAUAGAGAGGGACUAUGGCUUGGGGGUGGACUUGCAAGUUGAACUGGAGAACGCCGUCGCCCGGGGCUUGUUUGCGGAGGAGACAGUGGGGGCGAACCACGAGGCGCUCACUUGCCUCAAGAAGGGACCAGACGCGCUCUGGGCCGAGGCAGACGACAUGGCCAUGCUCGUCAAAAAGGUGGCCGCACGAGAGAGGGAGACGCGGGUCGAGGGACGAGCAGCGCUUCGUGUUGGAAUAUUCUUUGCCGAGAGUGAUGCCAUGACGGGAAAGGCAGGACAGGAGUACUUUCAAUCUUGCUGGACUGGACAGAAUGGGCAGUACGAGUGCUCUUUCAAUGUCAGGGCGACGACAAUCGACAAGAGUGAUCAUGAUAGUGUGCUACGGGCUGCGGAGGCGUUGGUGGAUGUGAUCGAGUCGGUCGCGGAGACAGGCAUGCAGGAUGGGAGCAUCGCAUGA